AUGUCCGAAUCUCCCGAAUCCGUAACAAUUGUCGGCGCCGGCAUUGUAGGCUCCGCCCUGGCUUAUUUUUUGUCCGCAUCACCGACGUCCCGGCGCAUCACCAUAGUCGACCGUUCCUUCAGCCCGCUCCUCGGCUCCACCGGCCACGCGCCGGGGUUUGUCGGCCAGUUCAACGAGUCCGACGUGCUCACCAAGCUGGCGAUCGAAACCGUGUCCGAGUACACCAAGAUCCCCGGGGGGUUCGACACCGUGGGCGGCUUGGAGAUCGCCUUCGGGCCGGCAGGAGUCGAGCGAUUGAAGUCAAGGUGCGCGAAUGCCGCCCGCCUGGGCCUGCCGGCCAAAAUUCUGAGCAUCGAAGAAGCCCACGCGCUCGCGCCGGAGCUUGUGAAGGCCUCGAGCUCGGGGGCCGCGGCGUUUUUCCCGACCGACGGGACCGCCAGCGCCUGCGAAAUCACUUCCUUCUACCAGGAGGGGGCGAAGAAGUCGGGGGUUCAGUUCCUGCAAAGCGAGGUCAGGAAACUCGUUAUCUGGGAUGGCCGCGUCGCUGGCGUCGAGGUCUCCGACGGCGACUGCGUUAGACAGCUCGACGCCGGCAAGGUCAUCAUCACGACCGGGAUCUGGGCCCAAGAUCUGUGCCGCGAUCUCGGCUUCCCGGUACCCGUCGUCCCUGUUGGGCACCCGUACAUGCACGGCCAGCUGCGAGCCCCGCUGUCCCGCAAGUUGCCCUUCGUCCGCUGGCCAGAGCAUCAUGUCUACGCCAGAGACCACGGGGAAAGAUACGGCAUCGGCAGCUACGACCAUGCGCCCCUCGAGUGCAAGGCGAAGAACGACACGGCCAUCGGAAGCUGGGUCAAGGAUUUUGAGCAGACACUGCAAUCCGCCACAGCGUUGUUGCCGUCCGCUGCCGCCGAACAGUUCGAUCAGGGGGCGAGCUUCAACGGCAUCUUCUCCAUGACGCCCGACAACAUGCCGCUUGCCGGGUCGGUGCAGUCUCUGCCGGGAUUACACAUGGCUGUCGCGGUCUGGGUCACACACGCGGCGGGCACAGCCAAGUAUCUGACACAAGUGAUUGACGGCAAGGACGUGGACCAGGAGACCCGGAGUGCUUUGGAUCCCGAACGGUUUAGGGGGCAAGAUCUUGCGACGUUGGAGGAGAAGUCACUUCUUGGAUAUAAUUCCAUCUACAAGACUGUAAGCAGGUCGGCAUAG